GUGGUUUGGAAAGAUGUGGGGCAGCGAUCGUCUAGCGGGAGCUGGGGAUGGCGGGGCAGCUGUCACGGUGGCCUUCACCAACGCUCGCGACUGCUUCCUCCAUCUGCCGCGGCGUCUCGUGGCCCAGCUGCACCUGCUGCAGAAUCAAGCAAUAGAAGUAACCUGGGGUCAUCAGCCUGCAUUCUUGAGCUGGAUAGAAGGCAGGCAUUUUAAUGAUCAAGGUGAAAAUGUAGCUGAAAUAAACAGAGAAGUUGGCCAAAAGCUUGGACUCUCAAACGGGGGACAGGUGUUUCUCAAGCCAUGUUCUCAUGUGGUGUCUUGUCAACAAGUGGAGGUGGAACCCCUUUCAGCAGAUGAUUGGGAGAUACUGGAGCUGCAUGCUGCUUCCCUGGAACAGCAUCUACUAGAUCAAAUUCGGAUAGUUUUUCCAAAAGCUAUUUUUCCUGUUUGGGUUGAUCAACAAACUUACAUAUUUAUCCAGAUUGUUGCACUAAUGCCACCUGCCAUUUAUGGAAGACUGGAAACUAACACCAAACUCCUUAUUCAACCCAAAACACGCCAAACCAAAGAGAAUACAUUUUCAAAAUCAGAUGACACAUGUGGAAAAUUUCAUUUUUAUGGAGGAGACCAAAAAAGAAUGACAAAAGAAUCUCAAACCAAGCAGUUUCAGUCAAAUACUUUGGGAGUCAUUGGGACUAAUGAGACAGACUCAGAGGUUCCAAUGGACUCAUCAUUAAUACCAAGCUUAUGGACUAUGAUAGGAAGCAUUUUUUCUUUUGGAUCUGAGAAGAAACAAGAAACAUCCUGGGGUGCAACUGAAAUUAAUGCUUUCAAAAAUAUGCAGUCAGAGAUUGUUCCUCUAGACAAUAUUUUCAGAGUAUGCAAAACUCAGCCUCCCAGUAUACACAGCACAUCAGCAACUUCCGUGUUUCACAAACACUGCGCAGUUCAUGUAUUUCCAUGGGACCAAGAAUAUUUUGAUAUGGAGCCCAGCUUUACUGUGACCUAUGGAAAGGUAGUUAAACUACUUUCUCCAAAGCAACAACAAAGUAAAACAAAACAGAGUGUCCUGUCACCUGAAAAAGAGAAACAGAUAUCAGAGCUACUAGAUCAAAAACAAAUUAAAACAGAUCACAGUCAAGAAGCUGAUAAGGCUUGUGUGCUAAAGGUAGUCUGGAAUGGACUUGAGGAAUUGAAGAAUACCAUAAAAUACACCAAAAAUGUAGAAUUUCUCCAUCUUGGGAAAGUCUGGAUUCCAGAUGACCUGAGAAAGAGAUUAAAUAUAGAAAUGCAUGCAGUAGUCAGAAUAACUCCAGUGGAAAUUAUCCCUAAAAUUCCAAGAUCUCUAAAAUUACAACCUAGAGAGAACUUACCUAAAGACAUAAGUGAAGAAGAUAUAAAAACUGUGUUCUAUUCAUGGCUACAGCAGUCUGCUACCACCUUGCUUCCUUUGAUAAUAUCAGAAGAAGAAUUUAUUAAGCUGGAAAUGAAAGAUGGGUUGAAAGAGUUUUCUCUGAGUAUAAUUCAUUCUUGGGGAAAAGAAAAAGAACAAGAAAAAGAAAAAAAUAUUUUUCUGUUGAGUACUAAUCUGCUUCAGAAGACCACAAUACAAGUCCUUCUAGAUCCUAUGGUAAAAGAAGAAAACAGUGAGGAAAUUGACUUUAUUCUUCCUUUUUUAAAGCUGAACUCUUUGGGAGGAGUGAAUUCCUUAGGCGUAUCCUCCAUGGAGCACAUCACUCAUAGUCUCUUGGGACGCCCAUUUUCUCGGCAGCUGAAGUCCCUUGUUGCAGGACUUAGGAAUGGAGCCCUUUUACUAACUGGAGGAAAGGGAAGUGGAAAAUCAACUUUAGCCAAAGCAAUCUGUAAAGAAGCAUUUGAUAUGUUGGAUGCCCAUGUGGAGCUGGUUGACGGUAAAACUUUACGAGGAAAAAGGCUCGAAACCAUACAAAAAACCCUAGAGGCAGCUUUCUCAGAGGCAGUAUGGAGGCAGCCAUCUGUUGUUCUGCUGGAUGACUUGGAUCUCAUUGCUGGACUGCCUGCUGUCCCGGAACACGAGCAUAGUCCUGAUGCGGUGCAGAGCCAGCGGCUUGCACAUGCUUUGAAUGAGAUGAUCAAAGAAUUUAUUUCCAUGGGAAGUUUGGUUGCACUGAUUGCCACAAGCCAGUUUCAACAUUCUCUGCAUCCUUUACUUGUUUCUGCUCAAGGAAUUCACAUAUUUCAGUGUGUCCAGCACAUUCAACCUCCUAAUCAGGAGCAAAGAUGUGAAAUUUUACAUAAUAUAAUAAAAAAUAAACUUGACUGUAAUAUAAACAAGUUCACUGAUCUUGACUUGCAACACAUAGCUAAAGAAACUGAAGGGUUUGUAGCUAGAGAUUGUACAGUGCUUGUGGACCGAGCCAUACAUUCUCAUCUCUGUCAUCAGCCUGUAUCCACCAGGGAAGAAUUAGUUUUAACAACAACAGACUUUCAGAAGGCUCUCAAAGGAUUUAUUCCUGCAUCUCUACGAAAUGUCAACUUACAUAAGCCUAGAGACCUGGGCUGGGAUAAGAUUGGUGGAUUACAUGAAGUUCGGCAGAUACUCAUGGAUACUAUCCAAUUACCAGCCAAGUACCCAGAAUUAUUUUCAAACUUGCCCAUAAGACAGAGAACAGGAAUAUUGUUGUAUGGUCCUCCUGGCACAGGAAAAACCUUACUAGCUGGGGUAGUUGCACGAGAGAGUGGAAUGAAUUUUAUUAGUGUCAAGGGGCCAGAGUUACUCAGCAAAUAUAUUGGAGCAAGUGAACAAGCUGUUCGUGAUAUUUUUAUUAGAGCACAGGCUGCGAAGCCCUGCAUUCUUUUCUUUGAUGAAUUUGAAUCCAUUGCUCCUCGAAGAGGUCAUGACAAUACAGGAGUUACAGACCGAGUAGUUAACCAGUUGCUGACUCAGUUGGAUGGAGUAGAAGGCUUACAGGGUGUUUAUGUAUUGGCUGCUACUAGUCGCCCUGACUUGAUUGACCCUGCCCUGCUUAGGCCUGGUCGACUAGAUAAAUGUGUAUACUGUCCUCCUCCUGAUCAGGUAUCACGUCUUGAAAUUUUAAAUGUUCUCAGUGACUCUCUGCUUCUGGCAGAUGAUGUGGACCUUCAGCAUGUGGCAUCACUGACCGACUUCUUUACUGGAGCUGAUCUUAAGGCUUUACUUUAUAAUGCCCAAUUGGAGGCCUUACAUGGAAGGCUGCUCUCAAGUGGACUCCAGGAUGGAAGUUCUAGCUCUGAUAGUGACUUAAGUCUGUCUUCAAUGGUCUUUCUUAACCAUAGUAGUGGCUCUGAUGACUCUGCUGGAGAUGGAGAAUGUGGCUUAGAUCAGUCCCUUGUUUCUCUAGAAAUGUCUGAGAUCCUUCCAGAUGAAUCAAAAUUCAAUGUGUACCGGCUCUAUUUUGGAAGCUCUUAUGAAUCGGAACUUGGCAGUGGAACCUCCUCUGAUUUGAGCUCACAGUGUCUGUCUGCACCAAGCUCCAUAACUCAGGAUUUGCCUGGACUUCCUGGGAAAGAUCAGUUGUUUUCACAACCGCCAGUGAACAGAACAGCUUCACAGGAAGGUUACCCAGAACUCACGCAAGAACAAAGAGAUCAGUUGAGGGCAGAUAUCAGUAUCAUCAAAGGCAGAUACCGGAGCCAAAGUGGAGAGGAUGAAUCUCUUAACCAGCCAGGACCAAUCAAAACCAGUCUGGCUAUUAGUCAGUCGCAUUUAAUGACUGCACUUGGUCACACAAGACCAUCCAUUAGUGAAGAUGACUGGAAGAAUUUUGCUGAACUGUAUGAAAGCUUUCAAAAUCCAAAGAAGAGAAAAAAUCAAAGUGGAACAGUGUUUCGACCAGGACAGAAAGUAACUUUAGCAUAAAUUAUACUUCUGAUUUUUGUGUGUGUGUGUGUCUGUCUGUCUGUGUGCGUGUAUGUGGCUUGUCCAUACUUUGUAACAGUAAAAAAUUGUAUCUGUAAAUUUCUUUUUAAUUUCACAAAUUUGGUUAAUCUGUAGAAUCACAGAUUGGUAAAUGCUGUGAUAAUGUAAUAAUCAGGAUUACUUGAGAUUAACACUGUACAAUAAAUUGAGAUAUUUGUAAGAUCUGUAUUUUAUUUCCUGUUAUUAAAUCUUUAAUGA